CACGCUCUCCCCAGCUACAACACCAUACUGUGGUAUCGGCAGGUAGAACACGCUCUCCCCAGCUACAACACCAUACUGUGGUAUCAGCAGGUAGAACACGCUCUCCCCAGCUACAACACCAUGCUGUGGUAUCAGCAGGUAGAACACGCUCUCCCCAGCUACAACACCAUGCUGUGGUAUCAGCAGGUAGAACACGCUCUCCCCAGCUACAACACCAUGCUGUGGUAUCAGCAGGUAGAACACGCUCUCCCCAGCUACAACACCAUGCUGUGGUAUCGGCAGGUAGAACACGCUCUCCCCAGCUACAACACCAUGCUGUGGUAUCAGCAGGUAGAACACGCUCUCCCCAGCUACAACACCAUACUGUGGUAUCAGCAGGUAGAACACGCUCUCCCCAGCUACAACACCAUGCUGUGGUAUGGUGAGGUAUACCUAGAGAUUGAAGCUGCUCUGAUAUAUCUACCAUGAUGGGGUAUACCUAGAGACUGAAGCUGCUCUGAAACAGGGAGAACACUUCUCAAGUACCUGUACAUACGUCUCGCGAUCAGACACUGAUAAGAUAAUGAUUAGUCCAGACUGUGAGUGAGGAGGUGCCUAAGGUUGUCGGAGGAUGACACCUAGUGGGUCGCUCCGGAACUGCGACCCCCUCCUGUAAAUGCGAACCCCUCCUGUAAAAGAUCCUGGUUGACGUGCUCCGUUUGCUCGUUCGACUGUGGAUGGAAGCCGGAAGACAUCCUUACGGAGGCGCCGAUGCAGGUUGCGAAUGCCUUCCAGAACCUGGAGGCGAACUGAGGACCCCGAUCCGACACCACAUCUUGGGGAAGGCCGUGGACCCGGAAAAAGUGCUGCACAACCAACUUAGCCGUCUCCCAGGCCGACUGGAGUUUGAGAAGGGGAAUGAAGUGGGCAGCCUUCGAAAACCGGUCCACAACGACCAGGAUGACUUUGUAUCCAUCAAAUGGGCGUAGGGCGGAAAUGAAAUCCAGCUUGAUGUGACCCCAAGAGCGCUUGGGGAUAGGCAGGGGUCGGAGCAGUCCUGCCGCGGGCUGACGUGAGCUCUUCGUGCCUGCGCACAAUGGGCAAUCAGCCACGAAGGCGCGCGUAUCCCCCUCAGCUGAUGGCCACCAGAACCUCCUAUGCAGGAACUCCAACGUCCUGGCGCGGUCAGACGCGUGCGCCCACUGAAGCAGUCGCGAGCGCGCAGCCUUGUGUACAUACAUCCUCCCCGAUGGACCUCUGCCCGGAUUGGGCUCCCGCCGUAGCGCUGCUCUGACCAGCCUAUCAAUUCCCCAUGAAACUGGGGCAGGAAUCAGGGCGUUGGGGACAAUGGGGUCGUCCCUCUCCACCAGGUCCACGGGUCUUGGAGUUCUUCGACCCCGGACGGUACGAGAUCAUGAACCGGAACCUGGUGAAGAACAACGCCCACCUGGCCUGGCGCGAGUUGAGCCUCUUGGCCCCCUGAAUGUAGGCUAAGUUCUUGUGGUCAGUACAUACGACGAAUGGAUGGGCGGCCCCCUCUAGCCAAUACCUCCACUCCCCCAGGGCGAGCUUGACCGCAAGCAGCUCACGGUUCCCCACGUCGUAAUUCCACUCCGCCGCGGACAGCCGACGGGAGAAAAACACGCAGGGGUGAGUCUUACCGUCCGUGAGGAACUGCUGGGACAGGAUUGCUCCCACAGCAACAUCUGAAGCAUCCACCUCCACAAUGAACGGCAAGGACGAAUCAGGAUGCCUUAGCGCUGCUUAAGCGCAUCAAAUGCCAUCCCCGCUUCCGGGUUCCAGGCGAAGGAGCGCACGUUCAUCUGGGUAAGGGCUGUCAGGGGAGCGGCUAGGUAGCUAAAAUUGCUAAUAAAUUGCCUAUAAAAAUUAGUGAACCCUAAAAACCGUUGUAGUUGCUUGAGGGAUGAGGGCUGGGGCCAAUCCAGUACUGCGCUGACCUUGGCUGGGUCCAUCCGUUGGUCCCCCUGGGUGACGAUGAACCCCAGAAAGUAGACUGUCUCUGUGUCGAACACGCACUUCUCCGCCUUGACGUAGAGCUGGUGACGGAAAAGGCGUUGGAGGACCUGCCGAACGUGCUGCUGGUGUUCACACAUGUCCUUUGAAAAUAUUAGGAUGUCAUCCAAAUACACGAAGAUGCUGUAGUCGAGGAGGUCCCGGAGCACGUCAUUGACCAACGCCUGGAACAAAGCAGGCGCGUUGGCUAGACCAAACGGCAUGACUUGGUACUCGUAAUGCCCAGUGGGUGUGUUAAAAGCCGUCUUCCACUCGUCCCCCUCCCGAAUCCUCACCGGGUUGUAGGCAUUUAGUAAGUCCAGCUUGGUGAAGACCCGGGCUCCCUGCAACGACUCGAAUGCUGUCGUCAUCAGGGGGAGUGGGUAGCGGUUCUUAACAGUGAUGUCGUUGAGCGCACGGUAAUCAAUGCACAGCCGCUGCCCACCAUCCUUUUUCCCCACGAAGAAGAAGCCCGUGCCCGUGGGUGAGAUAGAGGGACGGAUGUGACCCUCGACAAGCGCAUCAUCGAUAUACUCCCUCAUGGCCAGCGUCUCCGGCCGGGACAAGGAAAAUAAUCGCCCUCGUGUGGGCAUGGCACCCGGCAGGAGAUCGAUAGCGCAGUUGUAAGGCCUGUGAGGAGGUAGACCCUUGGCACACCUCUUACUAAACACCUCCCCCAGAUCCCAAUACUCCUGGGGAAUGCCUGCCAGGUCUGGGCCGGUGACGGAGUCUGUGGGCGGUAGGCGGUUCGGAGUGCAGGACCUGGUGGUCUGGGAUGGUGGUUUGGGCUGAUGAGUGGUCGGUGGAGACCGGAACAGGACGGAGGAAGAGCCUCCCUUCAGGAUGAGGCACCAUGUGGACCAGCCUAUCCGGGGUUUGUGGGUGACCAGCCAGGGGUGCCCGAGGACAAGGGGACACUCCGGAGAGUCCACAAUGAAAAACUGGAUAUCUUCCCAUAGCCCCCCUGCCACCCGGACACGCACGGGGACAGUGCGCCGGGUUAUGAAGCCCGACCCCAACGACCAGCCGUCCAGGCCCAUGACCGGAACUGGCUCGGAGAGGGAGAGUAACGGAACGCUCCACCCUUGGGCCAGCCCCGCGUCCAUCAGGUUUUCCGCGGCCCCCGAAUCCAACAGUGCAUGCACCCGAUGCGCAGCGCGGGCCAAUUGAACCCUGACGGGGAGAAAAGUCUGGGAGUCUCUGGGGUUAGGAUUUCAGUUCCGGCUCGCUAGCACCCCUCCCAAUAUUAGCGAGCCCUCCCGUUUCCCGGCUUCUCUGGGCAUGAGUCACAGUGGUAACCUGCAUGGCCGCAGUACAGGCAAUGUCCCUUGCACAGACGUCUCUGCUUCUCCAUCCUGGACAAGCACGCCUUGCGUCAUCCCACCUUCGUGUGCCCUCUUACGAUGCCGAUUGUCUACCCGCACCGAGAGGUCGACGAGGCCGUCCUGUCGCUCAGGCAGCUCCCUGAAGGAGAGUUCGUCCAUCAUCCCCUCUGAUAGCCUCUGCGCAUAAAGGACGACCAGGGCUGCCUCCUCCCAUCCUGCCCCUCGAGCCCGUGUCCGGAACUCCACGGAUUAGUCCGCAACCGAACGGUCACCCUGCCAACAGGCCGUGAGCCGCCUCCCGGCCUCGUGCCCCGACACCACCCGAGAAGUGUCUAACACCUUGCGGAGCUAGAGACUAAAGCUGCUCUGAUAUGCGGUGGACAACCUGGACGCUUUUCUGACCAGGGAUUUUCACCGUCGGUGCCCUGACCGACCCGCUCCGCGUUCCUGUGGUUGUCCCCGAGGCCGGUGUCGUCCCACUGGGGGUGGGGGGUACUGUCACGGAUCCCCCCAGUACUAAUGCUAAUUCGGUUUACCAGCUCCAGAGGUCUACGUCACCGGCCUUCUAGGCGUCACUGACCUGGUUCAUUACCACCAACCCCAGACUGUCUUGUCUCAUUACGCACACCUGGUUCCCAUUCCCCCUGAUUAGUAUGUGUAUAUACAGUGCCUUGCAAAAGUAUUCAUCACCCUUGGCAUUUUUCCUAUUUUGUUGCAUUACAACCUGUAAUUUAAAUGGAUUUUAAUUUGAAGUUUCCAAAUUGGUGAAGUGAAAUAAAAAAUAUAACUUGUUUAAAAAAAUUCGGAAAAAUAAAUAACGGAAACGUUGUGCGUGCAUAUGUAUUCACCCCCUUUGCUAUGAAGCCCCUAAAUAAGAUCUGGUGCAUCCAAUUACCUUCAGAAGUCACAUAAUUAGUUAAAUAAAGUCCACCUGUGUGCAAUCUAAGUGUCACAUGAUCUGUCACAUGAUCUCAGUAUAUAUACACCUGUUCUGAAAGGCCCCAGAGUCUGCAACACCACUAAGCAAGCGGCACCAUGAAGACCAAGGAGCUCUCCAAACAGGUCAGGGACAAAGAUGUGGAGAAGUACAGAUAAGGGUUCGGUUAUAAAAAAUAUCAGAAACUUUGAACAUCCCACGGAGCACCAUUAAAUCCAUUAUUAAAGAAUUGAAAGAAUAUGUCACCACAACAAACCUUUCAAGAGAGGGCCGCCCACCAAUACUCACGGACCAGGCAAGGAGGGCAUUAAUCAGAGAGGCAACAAAGAAACCAAAGAUAACCCUGAAGGAGCUGCAAAGCUCCACAUAGGAGAUUGGAAUAUUUGUCCAUAGGACCACUUUAAGCCGUACACUCCACAGAGCUGGGCUUUACGGCGGAAGAGUGGCCAGAAAUAUGCCAUUGCUUAAAGAAAAAAAUAAGCAAACACGUUUGAUGUUUGCCAAAAGGCAUGUGGGAGACUCCCCAAACAUAUGGAAAAAGGCACUCUGGUCAGAUGAGUCUAAAAUUGAGCUUUUUGGCCAUCAAGGAAAUCGCUAUGUCUGGCGCAAACCCAACACCUCUCAUCACCCCGAGAACACCAACCCCACAGUGAAGCACGGUGGUGGCAGCAUCAUGCUGUGGGGAUGUUUUUCUUAGGGACUGGGAAACUGGUCAGAAUUGAAGGAAUGAUGGAUGGCGCUAAAUACAAGGAAAUUCUUGAGGGAAACCUGUUUCAGUCUUCCAGAGAUUUGAGACUGGGACGGAGGUUCACCUUCCAGCAGGACAAUGACCCUAAGCAUACUGCUAAAGCAACACUCGAGUGGUUUAAGGGGAAACAUUUAAAUGUCUUGGAAUGGCCUAGUCAAAGCCCAGACCUCAAUCCAAUUGAGAAUCUGUGGUAUGACUUAAAGAUUGCUGUACACCUACGGAACCCAUCCAACUUGAAGGAGCUGGAGCAGUUUUGCCUUGAAGAAUGGGCAAAAAUCCCAGUGGCUAGAUGUGCCAAGCUUAUAGAGACAUACCCCAAGAGACUUGCAGCUGUAAUUGCUGCAAAAUGUGGCUCUACAAAGUAUUGAAUAGUUAUGCACGCUCAUGUUUUUUGUUUUUUUGUCUUAUUUCUUAUUUGUUUCACAAUAAAAAAUAUUUUGCAUCUUCAAAAUGUUGUGUAAAUCAAAUGAUACAAACCACCCAAAAAUCCAUUUUAAUUCCAGGUUGUAAGGCAACAAAAUAGGAAAAAUGCCAAGGGGGGUGAAUACUUUCGCAAGCCACUGUAACAGGGAUGUAAACAAAUUUGUGCACCACAUUUUUGAGAAAUACGUUAUAGAAAAUGUCUGGCCUUGUUUUAGGUUAUCGUCCUGCUGAAAGACACACCUGGUUCCCCCUGAUUAGUAUGCGUAUGCCCUCUUUUCCCCCUUCUCGAUUAUUGUCCCUCAUUGGCUCAUUGGUCUCGUGAGAGCAUUGCAUUCUUUGACAAACACAGAAAGACACUUGUCUAGUGGGCAGGGGGGGAAACACUUGAAAUGCACUCAUUUGAAAUAUGCAAUUAGACUGUUAUGAAUCAAAUCAAAAUGUUAUUGGUCACAUACACAUAUUUAGAAGAUGUUAUUGCUGGUGUAGUGAAAUGCUUGUCAAAGUUGUUUAGGAGAUAGAAGUAGAGAUGCCAUGUCUGUUGGCGCCAUGUAAACCAAUGGUCAUCUAUAAGACAUUUAUUCAUUGAUUUUCUUCUUUGUCUAAUAUACACGUAGUUGCCAGUUUAUUAGGUACACCCAUCUAGUACCGGGUCGGACCCCACUUUGCCUCCAGAACAGCCUAAAUUCUUAAGGUCAUGGAAUCUAGGGCGGCAGGUAGCUUAGUGGUUAAGAGCGUUGUGCCAGUAACCGAAAGGUCGCUCGUUCUAAUCCCUGAGCCGACUAGGUGAAAAAUCUGUCGAUGUGCCCUUGAGCAAGGCACUUAACCCUAAUUGCUCCUGUAAGUCGCUCUGGAUAAGAGCGUCUGCUAAAUGACCUAUUAUUAUAUCUUUAUUUAUUUUUUUUUAUUCUGAUUUUUCAGAAUGUCUCUCUCUAAGUAGGUAAAAUAACAGCUAUGUACAUGUGUCAUUGUGUGUGUCUCUGUCUAAGUAGGUAAAGAACAUGUAUAGACAGCCAGGCACUUACAGUAUAUUUGCAAUAUAAGUAGUUAGGAUUUGAUAAGGUUUUGUGAGCCAAUAGUCAACUAUUAGGCAUGUAUUCAUUCAUCUUUCUAACUUUCUUCUUUAUCUAAUAAAUGUCUUUAUUCAUUCACAACUAGGAUGUUGCUGGUCCCAGUACAGGCAGUGUGGUCCCCUGGUCUUCUGGUACCAGUGCUGAGGGAAAGGAUGCUAGGCUUUACAGAGACAGCUCAGAGGGGAGUGCUGCACUAAACCCCCAGUGUUGAUACAAUAUAACAAGUACAGCUGCACUAAACCCCCAGUGUUGAUAUAAUAUAACAAGUACAGCUGCACUAAACCCCCAGUGUUGAUAUAAUAUAACAAGUACAGCUGCACUAAAACCCCCAGUGUUGAUAUAAUAUAACAAGUACAGCUGGCACAAACCCCCCAGUGUUGAUAUAAUAUAACAAGUACAGCUUCACUAAACCCCCAGUGUUGAUAUAAUAUAACAAGUACAGCUGCACUAAACCCCCAGUGUUGAUAUAAUAUAACAAGUACAGCUGCACUAAACCCCCAGUGUUGAUAUAUAUAACAAGUUACAAAGCUGCACUAAACCCCUAUGUUGAUAAAUAUAACAAGAAAGGGUGCACUAAACCCCUUGGUUAUAAAUUACCAAAAUUUACAGCUCCCCAAAACCCCCAGGUUGAUAUAAUAAACAAGUACGCUGCACAAAACCCCCCAGUGUUGAUAAAAUAAAAACAAGCGCGCACUAAACCCCCAGUGUUGAAUAAUAAAAAAGGGUACAGUGCACAAACCCCCGGGGUUUUUGUUUAAAAUAUAAAAGUACAGCUCCCCAAAAACCCCAUUUGUUGUAUAAACAAGUACAGCUGCAAAAAACCCCCAUUUGAUAUAAUAUAACAAGUACAGCUGCAAAAACCUCCAGUGUUGAUAUAAUAAAACAAAAAGGCACUAAAACCCCGGUGGGUUUAAAAUAAAAACAAGGACGCGGCAUAAACCCCCGUUUUUUGUAUAAAAAAAAAGAAGCUGCACAAAACCCCCCCGGGUUGUAUAAUAAAACCCAAGAAAAGCUCACUAAACCCCCAGUGUUGUUUUUAAAUAACAAGUAAGUGCACUAAACCCCCGGGUGUUUUUAAAUAUAACAAUACAGCGACCAACCCCCCCCAGUGUUGAAAAAAAACAAGUACAGCGCCCAAAAACCCCCAGUGUUGAAUAAUUAAAAAAGUACAGGCAUAAACCCCCGUGUUGAUAAUAAAUUUACAGCUGCACAAAACCCCCAGGUUUUGAAAAUAAAAAAGUCAGGCACAAAACCCCCGUGUGAAUAAUUAAAACAAUUUAGCUGCAUAACCCCAAGUGUUGAACAAUAUAACAAGUACAGGCACUAAACCCCCCAGUGUGAUAUAAUAAAAACAAAAACCCCCAAGUUUUAUUUUCGGACCCAAUAAAAGGAACCUUCCUUGGAAGGAAAUGGUUUUUGUUUUUCCCGGAGCAAACAAUCAUCAACUUGCGUUUUUUUGGCUGGUAAGCAAAAAGCAACAAGGGAAAAAGCGGGGGGGGAAAAGGAAAUAGUUUCGGGUUUUAAAGGGGGGGGGUUGGGGGGGAGGGGGGAAAAGUUUUGUGGACUAAUGUGGUAGUUCCAUUUCUUGAAAGUUAGCGAUUCGUUAGCAACAGACUAUUUUGAGCACAUUGUCAGCAUUCAGCCAGCUGCCCCUCUCCUUGCUCGGGCAGGUUUCGGCGUUCGUCGUCAACGGCCUUACUGGCCAAUACCGCUCCUUUAUCAUCACUCCAUUUGUCUUGUCUUGUCGUGUCUUGUUCAAUCACACACACCUGGUACUCAUUACCUCAUUAGUUCUAGUGUUCUCUUUGUCCUUUGAGAGUGAUUGUUCAUGUUGAGAGUGAGUAGCUCGGUUUUGAGCUACUCUUUCCUUGUAUGUAGCCAAGGUGGAUUUUUCCUUGUGCUAGUUUUCGUUUUGACGCUUGCUGCGCUUAUUCGUGUACACUGAAUAAACUCUGGAUUUCGGUUUUUUUUGUUUUACCUCCUGCACGCCCCCCAUUCCCCAACCUCAUCACACACCAUAAAAGGCCUUUCAUAAUUCAUAAAGGUCAUGUAACUGACUGGAUAUUAUCUCACAGAACAAAACUAUAAGUUCUCCAAAGCCUGUGUACCUAUCCCAAACAACCUUAUUUCCCCCCUUCAUUUCUCCCAUUGCAACGGCCAACGAACCAGAGGUAGAAAAUGCUGCCUCCUUUCAGUUUUUUAGGACUACAAGCUGGCGAGCUCUAUAGGAUAGAAUAUAUAUCUAAAGAGCUGAUGGUCUCAUCAUGUCCUGUAGGGGGACCUCUAUCUUUAAUAAUGGGAACGUCUCUACAGUCUGAACCAGUCAUUUGCAUGAUGUAUUCAGAUCAUCAGUGUCCCUCCCACUUCACUGACAUGUUCAAUAUGGUGAAACCUGCCGUGGGUCUACUGAUUGUCAUCUAUUCAUCUAUGUGACACUCCUCUUUUAUUCUGUACAUUGAUACCAGACUCUUUCCAGCACUCUCACAUAUAACGUGAUCAAACAUGUUCACAUUUCUCUUCACUGUUACUGUCUUAGUGCUUUGUGCUGCAGGUACAGUUUCAUAAUGUUUCAUUUAUUUAACCAGGAAAGUUAAGAACUACAUUCUUAUUUACAAUGACGGCCUUCUAUAGUUAUAGAUAUUGGUGUUUCCAAGCAUACGUUCACUUCACCUGAGUCUUGAUGUAUUCAGGUCUAACUGUAUCUAACUCUAUUGAUUUCAUUCUCACUGUAUCCUUACAGGUCUUGUUGAGGGGAGUGAAGUCACUCAGACACCCACCAUACUCUGGGGACUGAAAGACAGUGAUGCUCAGAUUAACUGCAGUCACACUAAGGGUGUAAACUACUACCAGAUGUACUGGUACAGACAGCGUCCAGGAGAGGGAAUAAAGCAGGUUGCCCUCACUACUCCCAAUUCCAAAUCUGAGUAUUCAGAGGAUUUCAGUGAAGACAAAUAUCCAACUGUUAAGACAGAUGCUGAGAGUGGAUCUUUCACAGUGAAGAAGGUGGAGGCAGGAGACAGCGGCAUGUACUUCUGUGCCGUGUAUGAACACAGUGAUACAGAUGACAAGCACAGCUGCACAAAAACCCCAGAGUUUCAAUAGGAUGGAAUAUAAUAUGUAAAGAGAUGGUCUCAUCACGUACUGUAGGGGGACCUCUAACACUAGUUCUUCUAAUGUCUGAUGGUUUCAUUGUCAUGAUCAUGUAAUCAGUCAUGUUCACAGUGACGGGGUCCUAUGAGCAAGCUUACAGUACAGGCUGUCCUGACACUUCCCUCUAAACACUCUCCACUAUCACCCACCCUAAGGAAAAGGAUACUACAACAUCAAGCCCCUCUCCUUUUCACCUCGAGGCUUCAUCCAGGAGACAACUUCAGAUCACUCCUCCACUGAGGCAUCCUCAUCAUCAAUCAUCCUUCCUCCGCAUCUUCCUCAUCAAUCAUCUUCUCCACUUUUUUUCUCCUCCAUCAUCAUGUUCCAGAGUUCUGAUUCACCUGGGCAACGCCUCUACACUCUUGGUGACCAGGUAUUAAAUCACUUUACGAUGAGAAGCAUAACAAAAAUCUACGAAUGUCAUCAAAAGGAAUGAAAGAUCAUCUCUCAUCUAUCCUGCUUUCUCUCUAUGAGAGUGCUAGAUCUAUAGAGUCUCUCUCUCUCCUCUCAUAGCUCGAUAUUAUAUCUAAUAUCGCUAUCUCUCUCUCUAGAUCUAGCAGAGAGCUCAUGCUCUCUCUCUCUGCUCUUCUCUCUUCUCUCUCUCUCUCUCUCUCUUCCACAGGAGAGUCGUUUAGUAGCAUGGUUAAUCAGAGCCCUGGUUGCACUAAUAGAAGGACUGGGAAGAACGUUCAACUCACCUGCAGCCAUAAUAUUCCUAACUACCAAAUUAUACUAUGGUACCAACAGUCAGCAGGAGACACUGCUAUGAAACUCAUUGGUUAUGUAUAUGUCCAGUCAGUAACCUUGGAGUCACCACUUGAAAAGCACUUCAAUGUGAGUGGAGACGGUAGGAAAGAGGCUUCCCUUCAUCUCCUGAGUCUGAGAGGACCAGAAGACAGUGCAGUUUAUUACUGUGCAGCCAGCCAACACAGUGAUGUAGAGCACCCACUCUCCUCUACAAAAACCCCUUCUGAUCAUUUAACUAUAUGUCCCCAACUGCAGUGUACAUCAACACCCAGCACACCUGCUAUCCACCGCUGUAGAUGUCUGAGCACAUGGAGGAAGUUGAUAUCAAACCUCUAUACCAAAUAAUGUGGUUGAUGUUUUUGCUUUGAAGAAACGGUUGAGGUAUUUCUUCAAAUUACAGCCUAUUUGGUAGUGUGAUUACUGCAGAAUCUAAAACAUAGGUAAACUCUAAAGACUAAAAAAUACAAAUACUUUCAAUGAUGUAGAUACGGGUAUGUUCCACAAUACACCCUUAAGUUGAACAUGAGACCUGUAGGUGAACAAGGUAUCUGCUUGAAUAUCAACAUAAAUUCUGACGUCAAAGUGAUGUCAUUUCCUUCCCCUCCGGCAGCUCAGUUCAGCUCACCGUCUCUAUUGACUUAUUUCCUCUCACCCCUAUGGACUCUGGUCUAAAGUAGUGCACUAUAAAGGGAAUAGGGUGCCAUUUGGGAUGCAGUAUACAUUUGACACUCCCACUAGCUGACAACACAUCUCUGACUAUCUGAAAACCCUUUCUCCUUGUCCAUGUGACACUUCUCUCCAGAACCAUCUCAACAUGAUCACGCUCCUCAUACAAGUAGCAACUCUACUACUAUGGGUGACAGGUACUAAGUCCCUCAUGAAAUAUAUAUUUACUACUGAAGUAUAUUGCUACUGUAUAUUUCAUAUUGUCUGUUUUCAUCCACAGGGCUGUCACAAACAGACAAAGUUUACCAGACUCCUACUGAAAUACUAAAAAGACCUGAAGAUAAAGUUCAGCUCAGCUGCAGCCACAAUGAUCCAAACUACUACAUGAUACUGUGGUACCAACAGUCAGCCCAAAACACUGCUCUGAAACUCAUUGGGUAUGUGAGAAACACCAGUCCAACGGUGGAAGAUUCCUUUAAAGAGCGGUUUAAUGUGAGUGGAGAUGCUGCAACUGGGAAUACGGUGUAUCUACAUAUUCCCAAACUGAGAGAAGCUGAAGACAGUGCAGUGUAUUUCUGUGCUGCUAGUUCAGCACAGUGUUUCACUAUACCCUCUCUCCUCUACAAAAACCCUCUCUGAUCCUCUCAUAUAAUACUGACUACAGCUCUAUACACCUGCACCUGUCUUCAACCACUUCAACAACACUUUGCUAUGAACCAUUUGAUAUCAAACAGAUGGUAAUGAUACUGUUAUAAGUGGCUAGUUUAGAUGGUGUAGGUGCACUUCCUCAGUUCUCCAGCAGGAGGAGGUGUAUAGUGGCACUCUAUGGGCCCUGUUCAAAGGUAGUGCCCUAUAUAGGGAAUAGGGGGUCACUUGGGAUGUAAAAGCUUUCUAAAUGUGUGUGUGGGUCUGGCUCGCCCUACCGUACCUCUUCGCCCUUCCAAAUAAAAUAUUGAAAUAUUUAUAAUUAUUUGACCAAGAAGCACACCAGAAAGACGUACCUCCCCUAGGGGGCCUGGCUCACCCUACCGUACCACACCAACAGAAGUACGCAUCAAUCUCAGAUAAAGCAUCUUAUCGAGCGAAACAGCGCCCCUCUGUCUCCGUAUGUGUAGACCAUGUAUCUGAUGCUGUCUGGACAAAAGGAGUAUGGCAUGUCAUACUUUAUCUGGCCAGACAGCAUCAGAUACAAAUCUAAUCAAAUCUAAUCUAAUUUUAUUGGUCACAUGCGCCGAAUACAACAGGUGCAGACAGUACAGUGAAAUGCUUACUUACAGCCCUUAACCAACAGUGCAUUUAUUUUAAACAAAAAAAGUAAAAAUGAAACAACAACAAAAAAAAGUGUUGAGAAAAAAAAGAGCAGAAGUAAAAUAAAGUGACAGUAGGGAGGCUAUAUAUACAGGGGGGGUACCGUUGCAGAGUCAAUGUGCGGGGGCACCGGCUAGUUGAGGUAGUUGAGGUAAUAUGUACAUGUGGGUAGAGUUAAAGUGACUAUGCAUAAAUACUUAACAGAGUAGCAGCAGCGUAAAAAGGAUGGGGUGGGGGGGCAGUGCAAAUAGUCCGGGUAGCCAUGAUUAGCUGUUCAGGAGUCUUAUGGCUUGGGGGUAGAAGCUGUUGAGAAGUCUUUUGGACCUAGACUUGGCACUCCGGUACCGCUUGCCGUGCGGUAGCAGAGAGAACAGUCUGUGACUAGGGUGGCUGGAGUCUUUGACAAUUUUGAGGGCCUUCCUCUGACACCGCCUGGUAUAGAGGUCCUGGAUGGCAGGAAGCUUUGCCCCAGUGAUGUACUGGGCCGUACGCACUACCCUCUGUAGUGCCUUGUGGUCGGAGGCCAAGCAGUUGCCAUACCAGGCGGUGAUGCAACCAGUCAGGAUGCUCUCGAUGGUGCAGCUGUAGAAUUUGUUGAGGAUCUGAGGACCCAUUCCAAAUCUUUUUAGUCUCCUGAGGGGGAAUAGGCUUUGUCGUGCCCUCUUCACGACUGUCUUGGUGUGUUUGGACCAUGAUAGUUCGUUGGUGAUGUGGACACCAAGGAACUUGAAGCUCUCAACCUGUUCCACUACAGCCCCGUCGAUGAGAAUGGGGGUGUGCUCAGUCCUCUUUUUUUUCCUGUAGUCCACAAUCAUCUCCUUUGUCUUGGUCACGUUGAGGGAGAGGUUGUUGUCCUGGCACCACACGGCCAGAUCUCUGACCUCCUCCCUAUAGGCUGUCUCAUCGUUGUCGGUGAUCAGGCCUACCACUGUUGUGUCGUCGGCAAACUUAAUGAUGGUGUUGGAGUCGUGCCUGGCCAUGCAGUCAUGGGUGAACAGAGAGUACAGGAGGGGACUGAGCACGCACCCCUGAGGGGCCCCCGUGUUGAGGAUCAGUGUGGCAGAUGUGUUGUUACCUACCCUUACCACCUGGGGGCGGCCCGUCAGGAAGUCCAGGAUCCAGUUGCAGAGGGAGGUGUUUAGUCCCAGGAUCCUUAGCUUAGUGAUGAGCUUAGAGGGCACUAUGGUGUUGAAUGCUGAGCUGUAGUCAAUGAAUAGCAUUCUCACGUAGGUGUUCCUCUUGUCCAGGUGGGAAAGGGCAGUGUGGAGUGCAAUAGAGAUUGCAUCAUCUGUGGAUCUGUUGGGGCGGUAUGCAAAUUGGAGUGGGUCUAGGGUUUCUGGGAUAAUGCUGUUGAUGUGAGCCAUGACCAGCCUUUCAAAGCACUUCAUGGCUACAGACGUCAGUGCUACGGGUCGGUAGUCAUUUAGGCAGGUUAUCUUAGAGUCCUUGGGCACGGGGGACUAUGGUGGUCUGCUUGAAACAUGUUGGUAUUACAGACUCAGUCAGGGACAUGUUGGAAAUGUCAGUGAAGACACUUGCCAGUUGGUCAGCACAUGCUCGGAGUACACGUCCUGGUAAUCCGUCUGGCCCUGCGGCCUUGUGAAUGUUGACCUGCUUAAAAGUCUUACUCACAUCGGCUACGGAGAGCGUGAUCACAUAGUCAUCCGGAACAGCUGGUGCUCUCAUGCAUGCUUCAGUGUUGCUUGCCUCGAAGCGAGCAUAGAAGUGGUUUAGCUCGUCUGGUAGGCUUGUGUCACUGGGCAGCUCGCGGCUGUGCUUCCCUUUUGUAGUCUGUAAUAGUUUUCAAGCCCUGCCACAUCAGACGAGCGUCAGAGCCAGUGUAGUACGAUUCAAUCUUAGACCUGUAUUGACUCUUUGCCUGUUUGAUGGUUCGUCGGAGGUCAUAGCGGGAUUUCUUAUAAGCGUCCGGGUUAGAGUCCCGUUCCUUGAAAGCGGCAGCUCUACCCUUUAGCUCAGUGCGGAUGUUUCCUGUAAUCCAUGGCUUCUGGUUGGGGUAUGUACGUACGGUCACUGUGGGGAUGACAUCAUCGAUGCACUUAUUCAUGAAGCCAGUGACUGAUGUGGUGUACUCCUCAAUGCUGUCUGAAGAAUCCCGGAACAUGUUCCAGUCUGUGCUAGCAAAACAGUCCUGUAGCUUAGCAUCUGCGUCAUCUGACCACUUUUUUAUUAACCGAGUCACUGGUGCUUCCUGCUUUAGUUUUUUGCUUAUAAGCAGGAAUCAGGAGGAUAGAGUUAUGGUCAGAUUUGCCAAAUGGAGGGCGAGGGAGAGCUUUGUAUGCGUCUCUGUGUGUGGAGUAAAGGUGGUCUAGAGUUUUUUUCCCUCUGGUUGCACAUUUAACAUGCUGGUAGAAAUUAGGUAGAACGGAUUUAAGUUUCCCUGCAUUAAAGUCCCCGGCCACUAGGAGCGCUGCAUCUGGAUGAGCGUUUUCCUGUUGAUUAAUGGCCUUGUACAACUCAUUCAGUGCAAUCUUAAUACCAGCAUUGGUUUGUGGUGGUAAAUAGACAGCUAUGAAAAAUAUAGAUGAAAACUCUCUUGGUAAAUAGUGUGGUCUACAGCUUAUCAUAAGAUACUCUAACUCAGGCGAGCAAAACCUCGAGACUUCCUUAGUAUUUGGUUUUGUGCACCAGCUGUUGUUUACAAAUAUACACAGACCGCCACCCCUUGUCUUACUGGAGUCCGCCGUUCUGUCCUGCCGAUGUAGCGUAUAGCCUGCUAGCUGAAUGUUAUCAUUGUCGUCGUUCAGCCACGACUCGGUGAAACAUAAUAUAUUACAGUUUUUAAUGUCCCGUUGGUAGGAUAACCGUAAUCUUAAAUCGUCCACUUUAUUUUCAAAAGAUUGAACGUUGGCUAAUAGGAUUGAUGGAAGAGGCAGUUUACUCGCUCGCCGUCGAAUCCUUACAAGGCACCCCGAUCUGCGUCCACGAUAUCUCCGUCUCUUCUUCACGCGAAUGACGGGGAUUUGUGCCUUGUCGGGUGUCUGUAUGAUAUCCUUCGCGGCCGCCUCGUUGAAGAAAAAAUAUUCGUCCAAUACGAGGUGAGUAAUCGCUGUCCUGAUAUCCAGAAGCUCUUUUUGGUUAUAAGAGACGAUGGCAGAAACAUUAUGUACAAAAUAAAUUACAAAUAACGCGGAAAAACACACAUAAUAGUACAAUUGGUUAGAGGGCUGUAAAACGGCAGCCAUCUUCUCCGGCGCUGUUGCAUAAAUUAUCAAGGGCUACAUACUGUAUUGAGUGUGUGAGCAUUGGUGCAUUAGUGUGUGUGUAUGUGUGUAUGUGAAGAGUGUCAGGGUCAGUGUGUGGCUGAGUGGUAGAGACCUGAGGAUGGCUGAGUGGUAGAGACCUGAGGAUGGCUGAGUGGUAGAGACCUGAGGAUGGCUGAGUGGUAGAAACCUGAGGAUGGCUGAGUGGUAGAGACCUGAGGAUGGCUGAGUGGUAGAGACCUGAGGAUGGCUGAGUGGUAGAGACCUGAGGAUGGCUGAGUGGUAGAGACCUCAGGAUGGCUGAGUGGUAGAGACCUGAGGAUGGCUGAGUGGUAGAGACCUGAGGAUGGCUGAGUGGUAGAGACCUGAGGAUGGCUGAGUGGUGGAGACCUGAGGAUGGCUGAGUGGUGGAGACCUGAGGAUGGCUGAGUGGUAGAGACCUGAGGAUGGCUGAGUGGUAGAGACCUGGGGAUGGCUGAGUGGUAGAGACUUGAGGAUGGCUGAGUGGUAGAGACCAGAGGAUAUACAGUCCCAUCGGAAAGUAUUCACACCCCUUAACUUUUUACACAAUUUGUUACAUUACAGCCUUAUUCUAAAAUGGAUUAAAUAAAAAAUAUUCAGCAAUCUACACACAUUUCCCCAUAAUGACAAAGCGAAAACAGGCUUUUAGAAAUUGUUGUAAAAUGUAUUACAAAUUAAAAACAGAAAUACAUAGAACACUAUGUAAAAUCUGAGGAAACCAGGCCUGCUAUUCAUAGCAGACUUCGAAAAGGCAUUUGAUAAAGUACGACUGGGGUUUAUAUAUAAAUGCCUGGAGCGUUUCAAUUUAGGAGAAUCUCUUAUAAAAGGGGUCAAAAUCAUGUAUAGUAACCCUAGGUGUAAAAUAGUAAAUAAUGGCUAUUUCUCAGAGAGUUUUAAACUGUCAAGAGGAGUGAAACAAGGUUGUCCACUAUCGGCAUAUCUAUUUAUUGUGGCCAUCGAGAUGUUAGCUAUUAAAAUCAGAUCCAACAAUAAUAUCAGGGGAUUAGAAAUCCAGGGCUUAAAAACAAAGGUGUCAUUGUACGCUGAUGAUUCAUGUUUUCUUUUAAAUCCACAACUAGAAUCCCUCCACAGCCUCAUAGAGGAUCUAGAUACAUUUGCUAACCUCUCUGGAUUACAACAAAAUUAUGACAAAUGUACUAUAUUACGUAUUUGAUCACUAAAAAAUAAAAAAUGUACAUUACCAUGUAGUUUACCAAUAAAAUGGUCUGAUGGUGAUGUGGAUAUACUCGGAAUACAUAUCCCAAAGGAAAUAAAUGAUCUCACUUCAAUAAAUGUUAAUAGAAAUUUAGCAAAAAUAGACAAGAUCUUACUACCAUGGAAAGGUAAAUACCUGUCAAUUUGUGGAAAAAUCACCCUGAUUAACUCUUUAGUGUUAUCCCAGUUUACCUAUUUGCUUAUGGUCUUGCCUAUGCCUAGCGAACAGUUUUUUAAAUUAUAUGAGAAAAAAAUAUUCAAUUGUAUUUGGAACGGCAAGCCAGACAAAAUUAAAAGAGCAUAUUUAAAUAAUGAAUAUGAAUUCGGAGGACAGAAAGGAUUAAAUAUUAAAGCAUUAGACCUAUCACUAAAAGCUUCAGUCAUACAAAAGUUAUACUUAAAUCCGAACUGGUUCUCUAGCAAAUUAGUAAGAUUGUCUCACCCAAUGUUCAAGAAUGGCCUUUUUCCCUUUAUUCAGAUUACAACCACUCACUUUCAGUUAUUUGAAAAGGAAAUCAUCUCCCAAAUAUCACUAUUUCUAAAACAAGCCAUAGAAAGUUGGUUGCAAUUUCAAUUUAAUCCUCCAGAAACGACAGAACAAAUAAUGCAACAAAUAUUGUUGUUAAACUCAAAUAUACUAAUUGACAAAAUAAUACAAUCUUCCCAGCUCUGCAGAUUUUGCUGCGAAGAGACAGAAUCAUUAGAUCAUUUGUUUUGGUACUGUCCAUUUGUAGCUUGUUUUUGGACACAGGUCCAGGAAUGGCUAAAGGAUUGCAAUAUUUACCUGGAGCUAACCUUGCAGAUAGCAUUACUGGGUGAUCUGAAAAGUCCUAGUCAAUCGAUCAAUAACACAAUAAUACUUUUAGCAAAAAAAAAUAUUUUCCAUUCACAAUCUGUAGAAACAAUGAGAAUAGAAAGGUUCAGAACUUUGUUAAGACAUCACAGUACAGUUGAAAUAUAUAUGGCAAAUAGAAAUCCAAUAUGGAUGGUGUUAAGAGAUAGAUGGGAGGUGUUGAAUGAAAUUGAAGGAUGGGACUAAUAACAACUAACAACAAAUAAUAACAAGAUAACUAAUAAUGUAAGCAUACUGUGUCCAUAAUAAGUAUAUAGGUUGUAUGUUUGGAGCUUUUGGGAAAGAGCACAGUUAGAAAGAUAUGGCAUAUAGAAGCAAACCGGAUGGACAUCAUGAAAACGAUCGGAGGGGUUGAGAGUAGAAGAAGUUCAGGAGAAAAAACAAACAAAAUAUAAUUAUUGUAAAAUUGACUGUGUCCAUAAAAUGUAGAUAGUAUGUAUAAGCUGGAAGUAGAGGCCUGGGCAUUGUUUUUCACUAGUUUACCCCAAGUAGGGAAAGGGUGGUGGGGUUGGAAAGUAAUAAAGGGGAGUAUAUAUAUAUAUAUAUAUUUUUAAGCAUAUGUAUGUGAAUGUAUGUAUGUAUGUGUGUAUAUAUGUGUGUGUAUAUAUAUAUAUGUGUAUAUGUAUGUAUAUAUAUAUGUAUAUGUAUGUGUAUGUAUGUAUAUAAAAAAUAAAAUAAAAAACGUAUUUACAUACAGUGAUGAUGAAUUACCAUAAUCUACAGUGGGGAGAACAAGUAUUUGAUACACUGCCAAUUUUGCAGGUUUUCCUACUUACAAAGCAUGUAGAGGUCUGUAAUUUUGAUCAUAGGUACACUUCAACUGUGAGAGACGGAAUCUAAAACAAAAAUCCAGAAAAUCACAUUGUAUUAUUUUUAAGUAAUUAAUUUGCAUUUUCUUUCAUUGUCAUGAUCAUGUAAUCAGUCAUGUUCACAGUGAGGUCCUAUGAGCAAGCUUUACAGUACAGGCUUCCUGCCACUCCCUCUAACACUCUCACUAUCCACCACCCUAAAGGAAACAGGAUACUACAACAUCAGCCCCUCUCCUUUCACCUCAGAGCUUCAUCCAGGAGACACUCAUAUCACUCCUCCACUGAGGAAUCCUCAUCAUCAUCGUCUUCCUCCGCAUCUUCAUCAUCAUCAUCUUCUCCUUCAUCAUCAUGUUCAGAGUUCUGAUUCACCUGGCAGCUCUACCACUCUGGGUGACAGGUAUUACAUGACUUACGAUGAGAAGCCUUACAAAUCUACCAAUGUCAUCAAACUGAAUAAAAUAUCCUCCUCUCUCCUUCUCUCUCUCUCUCCCCAAAACCCCCCUCCCUGGGGCCCUUUUUAAAAAAUUUUUCCCCCUUUCCCCUUUCCCCCAAAAAAGGGAAAAAAAAAAAAAAAUUUUUUUAAUUAUGGAAAAAAUUAAAAAAAGAAAAAAAAAAGGGGGUUUUUUUUUCCUUUUUUCCCCCAAAAAGGGGGGGAAAGGGGUUUUGGAAAAAAAAAGGGGGUUUUUUUUAAAAAUUUUAAGCAAAAAGGGGAAAUUAGAAAACCUUUUUUUUAAAAUUUUUAAAUUUUCUUUUAAUAAAUUUUUAGGAUUUGAUAUAAAAAUAAAAAAAAAAUUUCCCCCCUUUUUUUAAAUUAAUUCUACUGGGGCAAGUUUUGUUUAAACCCCCUUUCGGUUUUCCAAAAAAACCAUGAAAGGGUUUUUUUUAACCUUUAACGGGGAAAAAACCCCUCCCAAAAAUAAAUUUUUUUUUUAAAAAUUUUUUUUUUUUCCCAAUUAACCGUCACGUAGGCCAUACAACUUUACCCCCCUUCCUACUCCCAACCCCCUUUUUCCCCACCACCCAAAGGGCAACCCCUUUCCCCCUUUUUCCCCCCCCGGGGAAAUUUUUCCCACACCCCAAAAAAUUUUUUUCCCCCCUUAAAAUUUUUUUUUUCCCCCAUUAAGCGACCCCUUUUUUACAUUUUUUUAAAAAAUUCUUUAAAACCCCCCUUUUCAAACUACCCCCCUUUUUCCCCCUUUUUUCCCCCGGGGUUAAUUCCCCCCCCCCCAAAAAAAAUUAAAAUUUCCCCCCCCCCCCUUUUAAUUGUUUUUUCUGUUUUCUUUUUCCCCCUUUUUUUUCCUCUCCCCCCUUUCCUCUCUUUUCCCCCCAGGGAGUUUUAGUAGCUGGAAAAGAGCCCUUUGCACUAAUAGAAGGAGGGGAAAACGUUUUUUUCCCCUGAACAACUGUUCCAAACUCAAACGGGGGGAAAAGUUUUGAGAAGACACAAGUAUUGUUUCACAAAAUUUGUCUUAUUGUUAUGAAUAUUUUUGUCAGAUGUAAAAGCUUUCCAUAAGUGUCAAAGGCUUUAAUUGACAAUUACAUUAAGUUUAUGCAAAGAGUCAAUAUUUUCAGUGUUGACCCUUCUUUUUCAAGACUUCUGCAAUCCACCCUGGCAUGCUGUCAAUUAACUUCUGGGCCACAUCCUGACUGAUGGCAGCCCAUUCUUGCAUAAUCAAUGCUUGGAGUUUGUCAGAAUUUGUGGGGUUUUUUUUGUCCACCCGCCUCUUGAGGAUCGACCACAAGUUCUCAAUGGGAUUAAGGUGUGGGGAGUUUCCUGGCCAUGGACCCAAAAUGUUGAUGUUUUGUUCCCCGAGCCACUUAGUUAUCACUUUCGCCUCAUGGCAAGGUGCUCCAUCAUGCUGGAAAAGGCAUUGGUCGUCACCAAACUGUUCUUGGAUGGUUGGGAGAAGUUGCUCUCGGAGGAUGUGUUGGUACCAUUCUUUAUUCAUGGCUGUGUUCUUAGGCAAAAUUGUGAGUGAGCCCACUCCCUUGGCUGAGAAGCAACCCCACACAUGAAUGGUCUCAGGAUGCUUUACUGUUGGCAUGACACAGGACUGAUGAUAGUGCUCACCUUGUCUUCUCCGGACAAGCUUUUUUCCCGGAUGCCCCAAACAAUCGGAAAGGGGAUUCAUCAGAGAAAAUGACUUUACCCCAGUCCUCAGCAGUCCAAUUGCCCUGUACCUUUUGCAGAAUAUCAGUCUGUCCCUGAUGUUUUUCCUGGAGAGAAGUGGCUUCCUCGCUGCCCUUCUUGACACCAGGCCAUCCUCCAAAAGUAUUCGCCUCACUGUGCGUGCAGAUGCACUCACACCUGCCUGCUGCCAUUCCUGAGCAAGCUCUGGACUGGUGGUGCCCCGAUCCUGCAGCUGAAUCAACUUUAGGAGACGGUCCUGGCGCUUGCUGGACUUUCUUGGGCGCCCUGAUGCCUUCUUUACAACAAUUGAACCUCUCUCCUCGAAGUUCUUGAUGAUCCGAUAAAUGGUUGAUUUAGGUACAAUCUUACUAGCAGCAAUAUCCUUGCCUGUGAAGCCCUUUUUGUGGAAAGCAAUGAUGACGGCACGUGUUUCCUUGCAGGUAACCAUGGUUAACAGAGGAAGAACAAUGAUUUCAAGCACCACCCUCCUUUUAAAGCUUCCAGUCUGUUAUUCUAACUCAAUCAGCAUGACAGAGUGAUCUCCAGCCUUGUCCUCGUCAACACUCUCACCUGUGUUAACGAGAGAAUCACUGACAUGAUGUCAGCUGGUCCUUUUGUGGCAGGGCUGAAAUGCAGUGGAAAUGUUUUUUGGGGAUUAAGUUCAUUUUCAUGGCAAAGAGGGACUUUGCAAUUAAUUGCAAUUCAUCUGAUCACUCUUCAUAACAUUAUGGAGUAUAUGCAAAUUGCCAUCAUAAAAACUGAGGCAGCAGACUUUGUGAAAAUUAAUAUAUGUGUAAUUCUCAAAACUUUUGACCACGACUGUACAAGCUGGCGAGCUCUAUAGGUUAGAAUAUAAUAUCUAAAGAGCUGAUGGUCUCAUCAUGUCCUGUAGGGGGACCUCUAUCUUUAAUAAUGGGAACGUCUCUACAGUCUGAACCAGUCAUUUGCAUGAUGUAUUCAGAUCAUCAGUGUCCCUCCCACUUCACUGACAUGUUCAAUAUGGUGAAACCUGCCGUGGUCUACUGAUUGUCAUCUAUUCAUCUAUGUGACACUCCUCUUUUAUUCUGUACAUUGAUACCAGACUCUUUCCAGCACUCUCACAUAUAACGUGAUCAAACAUGUUCACAUUUCUCUUCACUGUUACUGUCUUAGUGCUCUGUGCUGCAGGUACAGUUUCAUAAUGUUUCAUUUAUUUAACCAGGAAAGUUAAGAUCAAAAUUCUUAUUUACAAUGACGGUCAACUAUAGUUAUAGAUAUUGAUGUUUCCAAGCAUACGUUCACUUCACCUGAGUCUUGAUGUAUUCAGGUCUAACUGUAUCUAACUCUAUUGAUUUCAUUCUCACUGUAUCCUUACAGGUCUUGUUGAGGGGAGUGAAGUCACUCAGACACCCACCAUACUCUGGGGACUGAAAGACAGUGAUGCUCAGAUGAACUGCAGUCACACUAAGGGAGCUACCUACUUCCAGAUGUACUGGUACAGACAGCGUCCAGGAGAGGGAAUGAAGCAGGUAGCCUUCACUACUCCCAAUUCCAAAUCGGAGUAUUCAGGGGAUUUCAGUGAAGACAAAUAUCCAACUGUUAGGAAUGCAGCUGAGAGUGGAUCUUUCACAGUGAAGAAGGUGGAGGCAGGAGACAGCGGCAUGUACUUCUGUGCUGUGAGUGAACACAGUGAUACAGACGACAAGCACAGCUGCACAAAAACCCCAGAGUUUCAAUAGGAUGGAAUAUAAUAUGUAAAGAGAUGGUCUCAUCACGUACUGUAGGGGGACCUCUAACUCUAGUUCUUCUAAUGUCUGAUGGUUUCAUUGUCAUGAUCAUGUAAUCAGUCAUGUUCACAGUGAGGUCCUAUGAGCAAGCUUUACAGUACAGGCUUCCUGACACUCCCUCUAACACUCUCACUAUCCACCACCCUAAAGGAAACAGGAUACUACAACAUCAGCCCCUCUCCUUUCACCUCAGAGCUUCAUCCAGGAGACACUCAUAUCACUCCUCCACUGAGGCUUCCUCAUCAUCAUCGUCUUCCUCAGCAUCUUCAUCAUCAUCAUCUUCUCCUUCAUCAUCAUGUUCAGAGUUCUGAUUCACCUGGCAGCUCUACCACUCUGGGUGACAGGUAUUAAAUCACUUACGAUGAGAAGCCUAACAAAUCUACGAGAUGUCAUCAAACUGAAUAAAAUAUCCUCUCUCUCACUCCUUCUCUCCUCUCUCUCUCUCCUCUCUCUCUCUCUCUCUCCUCUCUCUCCUCUCUCUCUCUCUCUCUCUCUCUCUCUCUCUCUCUCUCUCUCUCUCUCUCUCUCUCUCUCCCCCUCUCUCUCUCUCUCUCUCUCUCUCUCUCCCUCUCUCUCUCUCUCUCUCUCCACAGGAGAGUCGUUUAGUAGCAUGGUUAAUCAGAGCCCUGUUGCACUAAUAGGAGGACCUGGAAGAAACGUUCAACUCACCUGCAGCCAUACUAUUCCUAACUACCGAAUGAUACUAUGGUACCAACAGUCAGCAGGAGACACUGCUAUGAAACUCAUUGGUUAUGUAAAUGUCCAGUCAAUAACCUUGGAGUCACCACUUGAAAAGCACUUCAAUGUGAGUGGAGAUGGUAGGAAAGAGGCUCAUCUUCAUCUCCUGAGUCUGAGAGGACCUGAAGACAGUGCAGUUUAUUACUGUGCAGCCAGCCAACACAGUGAUGUAGAGCACCCACUCUCCUCUACA